GUCGCCUUGCCCGGGACGUCAGAUUCAAUGAUGGUAUAAAUUCAACCAGCUGAAAAUGAAGAAGGCAUCCCAAAGCUGUUCUUGCCAUUUCACACCAUCUCUCUGCACCAAAAUGCAAACAUCUUCCAUCUCAAACUCUCUUUCCAUUCUUCUCCUUCUUGUGCAAUUCUUUUCAGCUCAAUCCAUCUCUUCCCCACAAGACAUCUCAGCUCUCAAAGCCUUCAAGGCAGCCAUCAACCCAACUUCAAUCCCUCCGUCGUCCUGUUUAGCCUCCUGGGACUUCUCCACCGACCCAUGUGCCCUCCCCCGCCGAACCCACUUCACUUGCGGCCUCACCUGCUCUCCUGACUCCACUCGUGUCACCCAACUCACUCUCGAACCCGCCGGCUACUCCGGCCAAGUCACCCCACUCGUUUCUCAACUCACUCAACUCCUUAUUCUUGACCUCUCUGACAACAAUUUCUUUGGCCCUAUUCCGGCAUCACUCUCCUCUCUUUACAAUCUUCAAACCUUGGCUCUCGGAUCCAACUCUUUCUCCGGCUCCGUUCCUCGCCCCAUAACCAAGCUCAAAAAGCUUGAAACUUUGGAUCUUUCACAUAAUUCUCUAUCGGGUUAUCUCCCGGAAGCUACAUAUUUACUGUCGAGCUUGAGAAGUCUUGAUCUGAGCUACAACAAACUCACCGGUUCGUUACCAAAGCUGCCAUACAAUCUCAUAGAACUUGCUUUAAAGAACAAUUCUUUAUCCGGGAUUAUCUCAAAAGCAGCCUUUGACGGUUCGUCUCAACUAGAAGUAAUUGAACUAAGUGAAAACUCAUUCACUGGAAAACUAGAAGCUUGGUUCUUUCUUCUACCGGCAAUUCAACAGGUGAAUUUGGCCAAUAACAAUUUAACAGCUGUGGAGAUCCCGAAGCCUUUGAAUGGUAGCAGCGACUUGGUGGCAGUCGAUCUCGGGUUCAACAAUAUCAAAGGGUACUUGCCCGUGAGUUUGGCGGAUUAUCCGCUUUUGUCGUCUCUGACAAUGCGAUACAACCGCUUACGUGGCACCAUCCCAGUGCAAUACAGUCGAAAGAAGUCAUUGAGGAGACUCUUCCUGGAUGGAAAUUUCUUGAUCGGAAAGCCACCGUCGGGGUUCUUCUCCGGUAACGCGGAGAUCUCCGGUAGCUUGGGAGAUAAUUGUCUAAUUGGAUGUCCAGGUUCUUCUCAGCUCUGUAAUCGUUCUCAGAAAUCUGCCUCCCUCUGUAAAAAAGCUUAUCGUGGAAAACCAAGGUCAUAGAGUCAGAAUCUCAGAGUAAAUAUUGCUUAUAGAUAAAUAUAUAAUUUCAUUAGAUUUAAA